AUGCCAUUGAGACUUGGACACACAAAGUCACGUCACGGCUGCGCUCGCUGUAAGCAGCGUCGCGUCAAGUGUGAUGAGCUCGCCCCUUGCCAGAAUUGUAAGCGAAGAAGAGAGGAGUGUAGCCUUGUUCUUGACCAAUACUCUAGAUCGUCAUCUGCACGACAGCAUCCUACAUCGAUUUCGGACCGACCAGCCCUCUUCUCUCUGUUCGUCACAGAGACAAGUUUAUCAAUUCAACCCCACGAGACAACAUGUGGCGAGGACCUCUUUUUGAUGGCCCAUUUUAUUUCAUCUACGGCUCGCUCUAUAUCUCCCCGGAAUGACAUCUUUCAGUUGUGGCAGACCGUUGUCCCAGAGGAUACCAUCACCUGCUCAUUUCUACGCCAUGGCAUGCUUGCUCUCUCAGCUAUGCAUUUAGCUAGCCUACGACCUCUGAAGCAAGAAUACUACAAGCAGUACUACCAGCAACACCUGAAUAAAGCUAUCCCUGAUUAUCGACGGGCGAUCCAGAACCUGAAACUCGAAGAAAGCGGCCAGGUUUUUGCAAUGGCCACUUUAGUCAUUAUUUUCGCGCUAGCCACGGUUUCAGAUAAUGCACUCGGCAAUGGAGAUACUUUAGAAGGGACUGGAUCAUCAGUUGCUGAUAUUGUAUCUAUAUUUACCACCGUUAAAGGUGUGACAACCUUGAUGGCGGACGAUACACCUAUUCGUCGGGGUGUUAUCAACAGCCCAUACGCGGUCUGCACGGCGGGCUAUGAGAUCCCAGAAGCUCAAACCGCUGAAAUGCCUAUCACUGUGCAACUCAGAUACCAAAAUUUGAGGACUAGUUGCCUGAAUACCUUAUUACCGGGCAAGGAGUCAGAAAUGGAGGCCUGUAGGAAUGCUCUUGAUCUUCUCUACAAAACACACCAAGAGCUUUUCUUCACGAUGUCAAGCCAAGACUACGAUCUGAAUGUCGAUAUUGAUCCAUCUUACUUGGUGAAAUGGAUCGCAAGAGUCAGCGCCGAGUUUAUCACGAUGCUGCGGCAGAAUAAUACGGCAGCCCUGAUAAUAGUGGGAGAAUUCUUUGCGCUCAUGGCGUUAUUAGACGGUACCUGGUUUGCAAGGAAUAUCUCAGUAAAUGCACUGAAUGCGAUCAAAAGGAUUAUCAAACCACAAGGGCUCUGUUGGCUAAGGACUGUGUAUCCGGAAGAUAGAGAAACAAUCUCAGGAUGUGGAAAGGUGCGAUAA